UAUAUAAAACAUUAGCCUCUGUGGCCACAUGAAGAUGAGAAAAAUCAAAUCAACCGUCGCCAUUGGAUUUUUAUCGCAUUAUAAUAACCAGUAUGGGUUCGAGUCAACAAUUUUCUCUUAGGUGGAAUAAUUAUUUGAAACACAUUACGUGUGCUUUUGACACAUUAAGGACAGAAGAAGAUCUUGUCGAUGUAACUUUAAGCUGCGAGGGUAAAAGAAUAAGAGCGCACAAAAUGCUCUUAUCGGCGUGUAGUACAUAUUUUAGAGAUUUAUUUAAGGAAAAUCCUUGUCAGCAUCCAGUUAUAAUAUUUCGUAACGUGAAAUUCGAUGAUUUAGCUGCCUUAGUUGAUUUUAUGUAUCAAGGUGAAGUAAACGUAGUUCAAGAACAGUUAGCAAGUUUUUUAACUACCGCCGAAUUAUUAGCUGUUCAAGGUCUUACAGAUGGUACAGGAAAAGAUAACGACAGUUUAGUAGAGGAUGAUAUGGAACUUCCUAACGAACCUGAAAUUCAACUUCAAAAUGCUGCCAGCAAAACAAUGGAUAGUAAAAGAAAUAAGUCACCAUCAUCGCCGAUGCCUUAUCAUCCCAUCGAUAUACAACCCGACGCUCCACCAAGCAAAAGACGAAAAUGUCGGGAAAAUGCGAAUACAAAUGCAGAUAAGACUGUAGGUAAUGCUUUAUCUACGAAAGACUCCGAAAAUAAAUCAUCGGAAAAUCAGUCGACGGCCGGCUCGGAUCCCGUUGAAAUAAUUCCUCUUAUGCCAAAUUUGAAAUUGGAAAUGCCCGAGUAUUUAGUACAAGAUGGAAGUAGCUGUAGUUACGAAGAACAAAGUUUAGGAGACAAUUCGCUAAAUAAAAUUGGUAUAGAAGAUACAUCUUCUAACACCCCGGAACAUGAUCAGAAACCCGACAUCACUCAAACAUUCUAUUCAAGUAAUCAGUCCACUUCGGAUAGUAUGGAUCUCAAACAUCAGUCAGCGGAUGUUGGCCACUUACUUUCAAAACCUAGUACAUCCGGAGAAAGGUUAACGCAAGAGGCAGUACAGGGGGGGGUGGGACGCAAUCGGAAGCAUGUUGGCGAUACAACUGGUCAAGUGGUGAUGCAGGGUCCAGGGCGUUUUUCGUGCAGACUCUGCGGAAGCGUUUACAAGCACCUUGCUUCGCUGACCCAGCACCUCGAAGUGCAUCGCAACCAGACAACCUGCAUCCUAUGUCACACCACUCUCAGUCGUAGAACCGACCUGCGACGUCACAUGCGUUUGAAACAUAACAUGCAAUGGCAAAAAACGAUCCAGAAACAGCGCAGCUCGAAAAACGAAUUGGACUCAUAGAGAUUCUUUAUCGCGCCGAGAGAAACGUUGCUUCUCGCUCCGCUCUGAUUUCCUCCCACUUUUUUUUUCAUUUUUUAUUCUUUUUCUCUUUCUUGUAAAGUAUUUUUUCGGUCGAAUCGGAAGGACCGUUCGAUCUUUUUCACUCCCGUACAUUUUUGUUUUUUUUAUCUUCGUUAUCUUUCAACUUUCUCCCUCCCCGUUACAUCGUAAACGUUUAUUUUAUUCCUUCCUUUUCGCGUUCGCUAUUUAGCAGUUUACCGAUGUCAGUCUUCUUUCCCGUUUGGUAAGUGCGCUUUCACCGAGCCAUCAUCGAUCUACUUAAAACAUCGACACAGCGUUUGAUACACUUUGUACAGACCGAGAGACGAACCGAUUAACGCUCGUUCAUCGCGUAUACAUACAGUAUUAGAGCCGAGAGAAAAAUUCAACGAUCUGCGUUGUUCGUAAUACGCUAACUUUAUUCGCGCGACUUUUAACGACUUUUAAAGCACGCAAUUCAGCGAGUAGACUCGUGAAUAAGCUCGUUCGUACCUACGGUUCGUCUCACAGUAGUAGAUAUACGGCCUUUGGGCGCAACGCGUUAAGGGUUUUAAGCGACUCCGUGGACAGUAACAUGGGACUUAAUUUAUUAUUAUCAUUUUCGAUCUCAAAUUCGUUGCCAGUGUAUAAUAUCAGAUCUCUUAGAUGUUCCCCGUAACGAUUACGCUAUAGUUUCCGUAGCAAGAGGGAAACACGUACUCUUCCAUCGAGAAACAAGAAUCGUGUCACUAGCAACAAACGAUCAACUUUACUUUUAGUUUCGUAACUCGAUUAAGAGAACGCGCUGAUUGAUUUUCGUUUCUCGUCGUCGCGUUGCUCCGAAUAUCGUGGCGAGUAAUCGAAAAGAUUUUGCUUUUUUAUUCUUGUUCCGACAUUCGACGCUGCGAAACGAAUAAAGCUCUCCUCUCUGUGUAAGGAUUCUAGUCAUUGCUGUACGAUACUUUUUAAGUGGUCGUUAAACGUGUCUCGUCCGUUGCCGUUGUUGUACCGUUAAUAUUGCAUCGAUCGUUUCAUGAAUAUCCUCUGUUACGCGUCCAAACGUUACCGUUCGAAUCAUCGAAGACCGUGUUGCGUUCGCAGAAACCAUCGGAGGAGAUCGACGAUGAUGCUGUUGAUAUCGAUCAGCCGCGAACUUAUAUUUAUGUAUUAAUUGACAGGUAAUCGAACGUAUGGGAUGCAAAUUAUGGAGAGUUUCACCGUAAUCAUGGUACAUUCGAGAUGAAAUUAGAUUCUUCGCGAGAAAGAGCAGACUCGAUACGUAGUAAGAGCGGAAGUAAUUUUUAUAAUGCCCUUACCUAGAAGUUCAAUCGAUAACCUAUCGACAGUUGACGCGAUUAUUAACAAAUAAAUGGAUAACGUUUCACCUUCGAGCGCUCUCUACACUUUAUUCGUAUCUAUUUAUUUAUUCGAAUCUUAACUCGAGAAAAGUUUACUUGGUUUCGAAUUCAUUGAUCUUCGAGUAGAACUCCCAAUUUCAACCGACAUACUGUCGUUCAUCGAGUUUUGUUCAGUGUUUCACGAGGAAUCUAUCCGGUUGUACCAUCGUUACGAUUGCGUUGCAUGUUUCAUAUCACUAUAUAAAGGAAUCGCAGUGUUUCGAGGCGAAUAACUAGCGACGAUAAAAUCGAAUGAUUGUGAACGGUUCGAAUCGAAUAAAAAAUAAAAGCUCCGAGAGAGAGUACGUUCACUGGUUACACUGACUCUGUUUACACGCCUGUUGUUCGCGUGCUCGAUUUUUUCGUUGCGAUCAAGAUGAAUCUUAGCUACUUCGAUGGAACGCAUAGACAGUGCCUUACAGACAACUAUCUAUACAUAUAGUUUUACAGUUUACAUAUUAACUUUUCCAGAUGUUUACCACAGUUGACAAAGACUAUAAGAGAGUAUAAAGAGAACCAACAGUUUUUUUUAUUCCUUUUGCCGGUGGCUUCGUGUAAACAUUGUCUCUGUACAAAUCUAAAGACAACUUACGAUCGUGCACAGGACAAGUAGAUGUUCGGUCGAUACGGUUUGGGAUCAUGUACCGUGCUCCGAUUCGUUUAUCGACUUUUCACGGAAAAGUGAUUUUUAUCCGUGUAUCGUUCCUCGUCGUUGAUAUUUUUUCACGAUUAACAGAAACGAGGAACAGUCGAUCGCGUAUACGUUAUUGUCGUUGUCAAAACUCGUGCGAACGUUUCGUUUCACGCUGUUGAAUCGAAACCGAGCGAAGCUUCAAAAAUUGCGUUAACGCGUACUCCGCGAAACGAUCAAGUACGAGUUUAAUAAUAACUCUCGCCCCGUACUGUUACGGUUGCGAUUGAUUAAUGAAACGAAAGAAAAGUUUACAUACUGUGCAUUGUGUAUCGUUUUAUUACUAAUUAAUUGGACGCCAGUAAUCAACAUUGUUCGAGAAUCGUACUCUAUAAGGACUAUAAAUUCUACGUAAUCUCAGUAAAUAGAUUGUAUUUAAGAAAGUGUCUGAAAAGAUAAUUAUUGUUAAGCAAACGGCAAAUUAAUCGAUAAUGUUUUAAGAAUACCUGUACAAUGAAGUUUAAUGCGACACAGCGAUUUACGAUCGAAACAACAAAUUCGAAGAAACAAAUUAAUCGAUACAAUUUUUACUUUCUAAGCAAUACGAAUAAUACGUACCUUCUUCGUUUCGAUGAACGAAAUUUUACUGCUGCGCAUCCGAACAAAUAUGUAUAUGUAUUUCGUUUCAAUCGAUCAAUUUCAAAUUACACAAUUUCGAAACGAAUGAACGCGUUUAUGCACAAUAAAGAUGCACUUGAUUCGUAGUUACACAUAGUUUGUACGUAGUUGCUCGCUGUUGAGAAUCGCACGAAGCUUCAAGGAAAGAAGAAGAAAAAAGCAAACGAUCGGAUCAAAUGCGUUUACUUAAAAAUUAAGCGAAACAUGUACUUCAUUUCGUUGCGAUGCGUUUCUGUCUUUUAGUCGGUAAGAUAUUAGAACGAACGUGUGAAUUUGUAUGGUAUAUCGCACGAUAGAUUUACUACAUCCGGUUUUAUCAUCACCGAUUAAACGAUAUUAAAAGAAAAAAAAAAGAAAAAGAAAAAACGAAUAAAAAGGGAAAAAAAAACGAAUAAAGCAUUUAUGAGAAUACGAUGAGUUAUUUCAAUAAACAAUGUUUCACAGGCCAGUAGGUUUCGCGAAGAAACGAUACGCGUAGCUAUUAUGUCUCGAAUGAAAUGUUUAUUUCGUAAACGUGUAAUUAUAAUUGUACGCGAAUGCGAAACGCACCACGUAUCUAGGAAUACAAAGUGAUCGUAGAGAUACGUAUGCUCGAUAGCGAUCGUCAAACUUUUCGUCAGCAAUUCAAAAACGUGUUUAUGUAUAUGUAAUUAAUUGUGAGCUUGUAAACGAGUUUAAAGCGACAUUAAAGUAUGCUUUGAAAUGUUA